ACGUCUAUUGCACUAGAAUUCACGCAGCCAAGAUCAAGAUUUGCCCUAUACUUUGCUUUGGCCAAGACUAUGAAGUCGCUGAUGUGCAGUGUACCUUCUCUUCUGUUGGGUCUGAUAUUCAAGAUCUUAUAACAGCAACACUGAAAAGGCCAGUUGGGUUUAAGGGUGUUCCCAUGUUUGCUGACGAUCGGAACGGUGUAAGGGACUCGAGUCCCCAUUGCAUUAUAUCCAGGGAUACCAGCGAUGUGGAUGAACGGACUUAUAGUCUGAGGAUUAACGAUUUUACACGUUGCGGAGUACUGAAGAGGAAUGGGUUUGUUCAUGUGCGUAUAUGGUUUCCACAAUUCCCUGGCGUUGUAAUGCAAUCGGAUCAGGAGCUUAUCAUUAUGUGUAAACCACCAGAGUCAACAAUAAUUGAAAAUAAAGCUGCAGGAUUCGCUGGAUCAUUUCCCCAUGGAGCCAGAGUAUCUGGUGUAGUCGAAGAGAUGCCAAAUAGAUUGGAAUACGAGGUGGCGUUAUAUAAGGAGGCACCACCAAUAGCACGCGUCAGCGGUACCAAUAAUCCCGUUAGCUCAUCAAACGAUCCGCCCUUAUCGGUGUCCAGUGAGCAGACCGUGGACCAAGCGGUGCCAUUGGGCACUAAGCUGCAGCUGCGAGCUCGCAUUAGUCAAUCUGUGUGGAAGUAUGUAAAGUUAAUGGAGGUGACGGUGUCGCCAGAUCCAGAGAAUCCACAUGCUCAUGGUGCAGUUUCGUUGGUGCAUCAUGGAUGCCGCAAUCGAGAAUUAGCUACCAUUAUACCACACCAGCCGGCCAAGUAUCGGGACAGACCUAACGAAGUGUUCCUCGACUUCGAGGCAUUUCUCUUGAGCUCGAUGAAAGAGAAAGCGACUCUUUGGAUACACUCGCAGAUCAAAGCCUGCCUUGACAUGGCCGAUUGUACACCUGAUUUCUGUGUCGAUCUAUAUGAACCCUCUGGCCAUGGACGUCGACGGCGACGACAAGUAGAAUCCACAACUCCGAUACAACAACGUUACAUCAGUAUGAACAACAACAACAACACAUCAGAAUUCAAGCGAUUCAAAGAGAACAUCGAAUACACCGUUAUAAUGCCGGGACAGGUCGAUAAAAAGGUGGGACUCUUAAUCGAUUUGACGCAACAUUGCCGUGGCGCCCUCCUCAUUAGCUCGUUUUUUAUAUUUCUGAUCACGUUUUGCUUCACAAUGAGCUGUAUUCUAGCUUAUCGUGUUCAAGCCGAUAAAAAAAUGAGAUCACUUCAGUUCAGUUCUGGGUUCAACACAGGUUACGCCGGUCGAGCUGUGGUUCAAUAGACCCCACGACCUACACGCACUACACUCUCUCUUUAUGGGAUGGCCUUUUUGCAUUUACAAUUGAUGUGAACGAACCAUGCAUUUAAUAUUUUGUGUACCUUACCAUUAUUUAUAUAUCUGUAGCAUCAAUUCAUUACGAGUAUAUUUCAUUUUGGAUUAUAUAAAGA